CUGUCAAUGUUGUUUGUAGAGAAUUGGGUUUUCCAUCUGGUGGACGAAUCCUUCCAGGAAACAAUUUCAAUGUUCAUCGUUCACGUAUAAAUAAAAGAUAUAGAUGUAAUGGUUAUGAAGCCAGUUUAAUGGAAUGUAGCGCUGAAGAUAGGAGAACUUGUAACAACUAUGUCACAACAUUAUCCUGCAAUAAUGGUGGCAACUCCAUAACUCAAGGUCAAGAUGGGGAUACUAUGAUGAGUUCUGAUGGUCAAGUGUUGGUUUAUUACAAUGGUAUAUGGGGUACAAUCUGCUCAGAUAGUUGGGGUGAGGAAGAAAGCCAAGUUGCAUGUAGAGAGGCUGGCUAUCAACAUGGCUACUCAUAUGACUAUUAUGGAGAAAGGUCUAAGCCUAUGUGGCUGUAUGCUAUGGAAUGUAAUGGUACUGAAACCAGUUUGAAGUCCUGUCAAGCCACAGAAUUGAAUAAUAACAAUAAUUUCUGUGGUAGUUCUCAUUCAGGCGUUAGAGUAUACUGUUAUAAUGAUGACGAUUUAAAUGAAUACAGACUGGUUGGUGGUGAUAAAUCUAAUAAUGGUCGUGUACAGGUGAAAUACAACAAUACCUGGAAUUAUCUUUGUGAUGAUUACGGUCUCUACGACUCAAAAGCCACUCGGAUAUGUAAACAGUUAGGAUAUAAACAAGGCGAAAGAUAUAAUAAUCCACGUUUUGCUAAUAUAACAGGAGGAUAUUGGAAAAAUUAUUUCAGUUGUCGUAAUAAUGAACCAGUUCUAGAUUUAUGUGAACAUCGAAAUUGGACUUAUGAAGCGAAUUCCUGCUACAAUAACCCCGGCAUUUACUGUUAUGACUCAGUUCGUCUUAGUUCUAAGUUCAGCAAUUCAUCUGGUGCUCUACUGGUUAAUGAAGGAAAUGAUUAUAAAACAGUCUGUGGCGAUGACUUUGAUCAAAAUGCUGUCAAUGUUGUUUGUAGAGAAUUGGGGUUUCCAUCUGGUGGACGAAUCCUUCCAGGAAACAAUUUCAAUGUUCAUCGUUCACGUAUAAAUAAAAGAUAUAAAUGUAAUGGUUAUGAAGCCAGUUUAAUGGAAUGUAGCGCUGAAGAUAGUAGAACUUGUAGCAACUAUGUUACAACAUUAUUUUGCAGUAAUGGAGAAGUGACGUGCAAUAACGCUGUUCAAGAUCAAGAUGGAGACACUAUGAUGACUUCUGAUGGUCAAGUUUUAGUUUAUUACCAUGGUAUAUGGGGUACAAUCUGCUCAGAUAGUUGGGGUGAGGAAGAAAGCCAAGUUGCAUGUAGAGAGGCUGGCUAUCAACAUAGCUACUCAUAUGACUAUUAUGGAGAAAGAUCUAAGCCUAUGUGGCUGUAUGCUAUGGAAUGUAAUGGUACUGAAACCAGUUUGAAGUCCUGUCAAGCCACAGAAUUGAAUAAUAACAAUAUUUACUGUAGUAGUUCUCAUUCAGAUGCUAGAGUAUACUGUUACAAUGAUGACGAUUGUAAGUUUUUUUAUUUUAUUUUUGCCUUUUUAGUCCACAAAUGUGGAAUAACAAGACAGACAAAAUACCGAAUGUAUCUGAAACUUUCACCAUUAAAAUCAUAA